UCCAAAACACGCCGGCGUUGCACCCCAAAUACCCGAAUCCGAAUCCGAACCCGAUUCCGAACCCCAAUCCGAACCUGAAUCCGAAUCCGAGUCCUCCGAAUCAUCGGAAUCCUUCCCGUUCUGAAAUCCUGAAACCACAACCACACCUCGAUUGCGUUUCAGUUUCACUUCCAGUUUCCGUUUGAGUUUUUAAUUUCCUCGUUAUUUGUUGUGCAAAUUGCUCGAACCACACACCCAAUAUUUGCAUAUCCAAACACACAGGUUGUGAGACAAACACACACACAACACACAAGCCAGUAAAUGUCCUGUAGGUAAACAUAAAAGACCCUAAUUUUGAAUUUACUCGUUAACUGUUAACUGUUUAAGCCGAACAAACUGUACCUAUGUAAAUUGCCUCACGAACCAAACUUGCCUAACGCGUCGCAUAAUUAAUUUUUUGUUUGACACAACCGAAAAUGCGUCUAAAAUCUGUAGGGAUUUUAAAACAUUGUUUUUUUGGGUGACAGGGAAACAUGAAAUUUGGAUGUUGACAAACACACCUUUUCGAGCAAUUAGACAAUAGAUGUUUCGUUAGUUUACCACAACAAAAAAUUCUGCAUUUCCCCGAUCCAUUCAAAAUCCCUUUCUCCAAACUCCAUCAUCUCCACUCAUUAAUCUAAGUGUGUGUGUAUCUAUGAAUUUGCGACUCUUAUCGUUUGCCUAGUAACUCUGAAGUACUUGUAUUAUUUGGAAUGUCCUAUUAACUUAGUUGCUUGUUAUUGUAGAAAUUCGAUCUGUACUACUCUCUUCUACUUCUAAUCUGUAACUAAAAUCUGAUGCGAUGCUCGCGUCCGUCUGAAUAAAUUAACUAUCUUGCAUUGUUUAUUUCCAUUCGGAUUUAUGAAUUGUGUUUUUUUCGGAUCAAACAAUUUUAAACAUUGGAACCCUAUCAAUCAAUCGAUCAAAAUCAACCAUCAACUGGACCUCUAACACACAACCAACACUCAACUAUUGUAUGUAACCAACUCGACUCGACAACAACUACCAAUAUUGGCGCCUAUCUGAUCUUGCAUGAAAUGAAAACCAAAACUCAAUCGAUAAUUGAAAAUCAAAAAUGAAAAACAAAAAAAAAAAAAACAAACCGAGAAAUCCCUUUGCCGUGCAUUGUAAUAAUCAAGUGUUUGGUACGACCUCGUUUUCCCUGACGGUUGAAGGCAUGGGUCCCUAUCCGCUGAGCGAUAGCACCAAUCUGCUGGGUCCCGGAUCGAGCAGCUAUGGUCCCGGCGGAGUCCUCGGAUCCGCUUCCGGAUCGGGUGGCCAUUGCUACACGAACUACGGCACCAAUCUGCAGACGCCGCAGGUGGCGCGGAAGUGCCACUACGACGAGGUCGACGACUACAGUUUCCGCCGGCACUCGGCGCACGGAAGGAUGUCAUGUAGGUUGACCCAGCACCACCGCUAAUAAUAAGCCACCACAACCCAGCUGAGCCACUGACCCACUGAGUCACCACGCAGCCACUCAGCCACUCAGCCAAUCACGAAAGCAUUUACACGAAAAUGCCCAAAACCAAAUGCACCCAGUCGAAUCUAAGCCAUAUAUAUAGCCACCAAACAUAUAGACGUAUAUAUCCAAAUAGGCUAAGGCUCAAGCUGAAGCGCUGAAACGAACCACCGACAGUUCGGAACUGAUGAACCGUAGCUUACAUUGUUUUCCUUUCGUUCCUUUAUAGUACGCAAGUGAAGGGAAAGCCACUGAUCUUGGGACCAACUAUUUUAGAGACAAAAAGAGGAGCGAACCGAUUGGCUAAGUAAUGAAAAGUCGCACCACUCUCUGAAAACCGAACACCAAACACCACACACCACACACCAAAUACCCAACUCACCCACUCGCUCAAGGAUCAGAAAGAAAAGUGCCAAUAAU